GAGGCCUCUUGCUGACGAUGCGCGAGCUCUCGGAGUUGCGUCGUCCGGGCUCCGAUAUUCCGCAUUCGACGCGACCCACGAACACUCGCGAUUGCCGUUUCGCGCGUUGGCCAUCGUCACGACCCACGGUCCUUUAGAUUACCGCGAAAGUCGCGGCGACCGUCGUCAUCGUCGUCAUUCGCGACGCGCGAUUCCGCGCGUCCCGCUAGCCAGGCUCCUCUCGCUGUAAAUAAUCGCUGACGACGGGGUUGGGCGAGCUCUCGAUGCACUUUCGCUGAGGUGCACGCGAAAAGGAGGUAGAGAGGAGUAGAAGAAGAAGGAGGAGGACCAGAAGGAGAAAACAAAAUCGUCGGCGGGGCGUUCGCGCCCCGCCAAGAAGAGACGCCCUGGCGGAGACUCGCGGGAACGACCGGGUGACCGACGACGGGGAGUCGAAUGUCGAAGUGCGCGCGAACAUGGACGAGCACGAGAUACUUCUUCUCCCGCCCUUUUCGGGCGCCAGCAGCAAGGAACGCGCCAGGAAGAAGCUCUGGCGUAGCGCGGUAGAGAUAGUGGCGAGCGACGACGAGGAUUCGGACGUGGACGAGCACGAGUGCGCGUUCUUCCCGGCCAAGCGGCACUGCUCGCAGUUGUCCAAGACCAACGAGGAUCCUUCAGACGCGGAGCAGCACACGAGUGAAAAGGCGGAGACACCGGCCAAUAACGUGGGAAAUAUCGAUUACGACGAAAUUAUAUACCAAAUACAGAUCGAGGAGAAACUCAAAUUGUGGCAGGCUUUCCAAGAGGAGGAGGGAUCAAUGGACAAUAGCAUCAAUGAAGUUUUGGCUUACUACAGAAUGAUGCAUCCGCCUGAUCCUCUCGAGGAGGAGUCCGUUGGCUCUAGGUUCCAUUUGUCCUACAGAGGGAACGAUAUGGAGGACACGGCAGUGACGAUGGCGAUCCGCAAUCACGGCUUAGUCCAGUCGGCCGAGCUCGCUCUUCAGCCACACUAUUGUAAAUGUAUAGGUGUCGAUUGUUCCUUUUCGUCUAAAUGUAUGUAUGAACUGGAGGACUUUCCCUAUGGGACGGUCUACAGCAAUGUAGAAACGGGAAGAUGCAAUGCAUUGGAUGCGGACAAGGUAUACGAGUGCGAUCAGCCGGAGGACUUUCUGGAGCGCGCCGUGGGAGAAGCGAUCAAAAAGAAAGGUCUAAGCGCCCUGAGUGUGGAUUACGGUUGAAUAAUACUCUUUUAACGCCCACUCUAAUUCCUUUUUGGUGUAUUUAUAUAUAGUAGCGUAAUACAGCCCUAAUUGUUGUGCUCUGUAAACCUAUCUCGCAAUUUUGUUUUAUAGUUGAUUUUGUCAUAACGACGGUUAUAAUGCGUUAUUCUUCGAGCGAUAAUCUCGAAACAUUUAUACUCUAAUAUAUACAUAUAUAAAUAUUACAUUCCGAUGUAACGACUCGCUUACGACGAGACAACUCUUGAAGUUUAUUUUAUUUAGUAAUAUCGAAGUUUAUUGUAGCGGUUCUUCUGUUUUAUUAAUCCUGUCAAUAAUCAGCCAUAUAGUAUUAAUACUGCAUUAACUAUAUUUCCAUACACAUAAAUAUAUGGAAAUAUAAUUAUUGUGUUUAUAUAUAUAUAUAUAUAUAUAUAUGUUAAAUCAAACUAGCUUUGUAAACGAUAUACUUGAAGUAUAAGCAGCUAUUUUGAUUAUAGUAUAAAAUUUGUUUUAAUCAGAAAA